CAUGUGACUUUCUAGACACGUAAAGUCAAAUACUAAAAUUAAUAAAUUAUACUCGAUCACACGACCUAAGCAAUCGCUUAUCCGAUUGUAUUUAAACGUCUUAACAAACAGACCCGCCAAAAUAAUAAUAAUUAAUUCCCAAAUUUCGUAUUCUAUAAAGUUAAUUACAAACACUAUUAUUAAAUCAUUCUUAAUCCUUUUUUUUACUUCGUUCUUUCUCACCAAAACAUGAUCAUGAAGGAUGAUCGUCGUCUUCUUCCUCACAAACGCGAUGGUCUCCAGUUCUUGAAAACGAAGACUGCGUACGUUAUCUUCAUAUUGCUAUCAUACGCUUUUGGUUAUUUCUCCGCCUACUACAACCGUCAGCCGCCGCCGCAGCAGCCACCACCUUCUACGGCGGAAGUGAGAACCGUAAAUACGACAAAACCUCAAGAUUGUUCAAUCGACAACUUCCGAGUAACUACUCGAUGCGGCGAUCCUGUUCCGCCGGAACUGAUUCGCCGUACGGUGAUAGACCGGAUCUUUAACGGAACUUCACCGUACUCUGAAUUCCCGCCACCGCACGCAGCUAAACUCCUCCGGCGAAAAAGAAUCAAAGGCUGGGGAUCGUACGGAGCCGUGUUCGAGAAUCUGAUCCGCCGAGUCAAACCUAGGACGAUCGUCGAAAUCGGGAGCUUCCUCGGCGCGUCGGCGAUACACAUGGCGAAUCUCACGCGCCGCCUUGGGCUCGAGGAGACUCAGAUACUCUGCGUCGACGACUUCCGUGGCUGGCCAGGGUUUCGCGACCGGUUCAAGGACGUGGCGUUGGUAAACGGUGACGUUUUGCUUAUGUACCAGUUUAUGCAAAACGUGGUUAGCUCGGAGUUUUCCGGUUCGAUAUUGCCGGUUCCUUUCUCGACCGGUUCUGCUUUGGAGAAGAUGUGUGAGUGGGGAGUGACGGCGGAUCUAGUGGAGAUAGACGCAGGUCACGAUUUCAAUUCGGCUUGGGCAGAUAUAAACCGGGCGGUUCGGAUACUACGACCCGGCGGAGUUAUAUUUGGUCACGAUUAUUUCACGGCGGCGGAUAAUAGAGGAGUUCGGAGAGCUGUGAAUUUGUUCGCAGAGAUUAACCGGUUAAAGGUCAAAACCGAUGGUCAACAUUGGGUUAUUGACUCCGUGUCUCCGUCAAAUUAACCUGACAAUAACAAUUAAUGGAUUUUGAACAAAA